AUGUCCAACAUGUUCUACAUGUCCAACAUAUCCAACAUGUCCAACAUGUCCAACAUGUCCAACAUGCCCAACAUAUCGAACAUGUUCUACAUGUCCAACAUGUCCAACAUGUUCUACAUGUCCAAUAUGUCCAACAUAUCCAACAUGUCCAACAUGUUCUACAUGUCCAACAUGUUCUACAUGUCCAACAUGUUCUACAUAUCCAACAUGUCCAACAUGUUCUACAUAUCCAACAUGUCCAAAAUGUUCUACUUGUCCAAAAUGUCCAACAUGUUCUACAUGUCCAACAUAUCCAACAUGUCCAACAUGUUCUACAUGUCCAACAUGUCCAACAUGUUCUACAUGUCCAACAUGUCCAACAUGUUCUACAUGUCCAACAUGUCCAACAUGUUCUACAUGUUCUACAUGUUCUACAUGUCCAACAUGUUCUACAUGUCCACCAUGUUCUACAUGUCCAACAUGUUUUACAUGUCCAACAUGUUCUACAUGUCCAACAUGUUUUACAUGUCCAACAUGUUCUACAUGUCCAACAUGUCCAACAUGUUCUACAUGUCCAACAUGUUCUAA